AUGGUUAUGAACGAGACGGUUGAAGAUAAAGGGAAAACCGAUAAUUUAGCUAAAGAUGUUCGAGAAAGUGAGGAAGAUGAAAUAAUUCUCUCGGUUGUGAAAGACUCUAGUUUAUCGACUAGUGUAGAGCUAAGUGUGCCUUUAGAUGCUUCUUUAGAGACGAGCUUACCGAUUGCUGUCGAGAUUGAAGGAACCGAGACCGGACAAAUACUUGCGAAAGUCAUUAGUGUCGAGGAGAGAAGCGUAAAAACGAGAUUAUCCGAGAAUGUGGUGAUUAAUGAAGCUGAUAAUGAUAAACAAAAUGAAGGGUGCUCGAGUGGGCCCACAAUUAAGUCUUCGGUUGUUACUGUUAAGUUAUCGGGUGAAAAAAAGGACUCGGGCAAAAGCGGUGUGAAGAGUGUCUUCGAAUUGGAUUGUUUGCCUCUUUGGGGUUCGGUUUCGAUAUGUGGGCGUAGGUCUGAAAUGGAGGAUUCGGUUAUGGCUGUGCCUAAUUUCAUGAAAAUUCCCAUUAAGAUGUUUAUUGGUGAUAAUGGAGUUGAUGGGAUAAGUAAGACUUUGAGUCAUCUGACUUCGCAUUUUUAUGGGGUUUACGAUGGUCAUGGUGGAUUUCAGGUUGCGAAUUAUUGUCGUGACCGAAUCCAUUUAGCCUUGGAAGAGCAGUUGUUAAACGUUAAAGAUGUUACGGUUAGCGGGAUUUCUAAAGACCCUCGGCAAAUUCACUGGGAAAAUGUCUUCACAAGUUGCUUUGCAAAAGUCGAUGAAGAAGUUAGCGGAAAAACGAGCCGAGCUUUUUCACCUAUUGCCCCUGAAACAGUUGGUUCCACUGCAGUUGUUGCAGUUGUUUGUUCGUCCCAUAUUAUAGUGGCAAACUGUGGGGAUUCAAGGGCGGUCCUUUAUCGUGGUAAAGAAGCCAUUGCAUUGUCGAUCGAUCAUAAACCGAGCCGAGAGGAUGAAUAUGCUAGGAUUGAGGCGGCCAGUGGGAAGGUCAUACAGUGGAAUGGUCACCGCGUUUUUGGUGUUCUUUCAAUGUCAAGGGGUAGAUAUGGAACUUUUGAUGAUACUUCGACGAACUUCUCGACUAUGUAUUUCUAA